UUACGUAUCCGCCAUUUCAGUUUUUGAAGUAAGUUGUCAUCGUAGGCUGGUUUGAAGCUAUAAUUCUGGCUUCGUACGGCAUUGUAUGAUUGCUGGAUUUGAAGUCCGGCUAUAUAAACAAAGUAAGAUCCGUUUUAUUGCGUGACUUGACGGCUGGAUCGGCGGAUUGAUGCCCGCACGGCUGAGCUGCAGAUGUCGCCUGUUCACUGAACGAGCUCUAGGCGCUAAAGUUUUUGUAUGAGUUGAAGGGUCGGCCUGUGGAUAACGGGAGGGAGAGAAGGAAAGGCCGUGGUUGAGAAUGGCCGGUAAUUUCGACGCGGAGGACCGUGGAGCCUGGUACUGGGGCCGGCUGAGCCGGCAGGAGGCGGUGUCCCUGCUGCAGGGGCAGAGACACGGCGUGUUCCUGGUGCGGGACUCCAUCACCAGCCCCGGGGACUACGUGCUGUCCGUGUCCGAGAACUCCAAAGUCUCCCAUUACAUCAUUAACAGUAUCAGCAACAACCGGCAGUCCGGGCCAGGUUUGUCCCAUCCAAGGUUCCGUAUUGGUGACCAGGAAUUUGAUGCGCUUCCUGCUCUGCUUGAGUUCUAUAAAAUCCACUACUUGGAUACCACCACAUUGAUAGAACCCAUUAACAAGUCCAAGCAUCCCUCCUGCAUGAGUGUUGGCCUCGGUGGAGGCCCCCCGACACGCCUGGAGGAUGAGUAUGUCAGAGCGCUCUUCGAUUUCCCUGGAAACGAUGAGGAGGAUCUUCCAUUUAGGAAGGGAGAUAUUCUUCGAGUUCUUGAGAAGCCAGAGGAGCAGUGGUGGAACGCCCAGAACUCUGAGGGCCGAACAGGGAUGAUUCCUGUGCCAUAUGUGGAGAAGUACAGACCAGCGUCUCCGGGUUCGGUAGCAGGACCCGGCAUGCCCGGUGGACCCCCAGGGGGGAUGCAUGGGAACUCUGAUGGCUCUGCGUCUGGUGCACCGCUGCAAGGAGACCCCAGCCAGUACGCCCAGCCCACUCCUUUACCAAAUCUCCAGAAUGGACCUGUCUAUGCCAGGGCCAUACAGAAAAGGGUGCCUAAUGCCUACGACAAGACUGCUCUGGCUUUAGAGAGAGAAGUCAAAGACCCGAGGAUUGACAUUGCUGUGGGAGUUUGCAAGAAGAUCGUGGGUGACAUGGUGAAGGUGACUAAAAUAAAUGUGAAUGGCCAGUGGGAGGGGGAAUGUAAAGGCAAACGUGGCCAUUUUCCAUUCACACAUGUGAAGCUCCUGGAGCAGCACAACGCUGAGGAUGAAGUCAGCUGAGAGUGGCCGCUGGGCUGCUACUUGGACACUAGUAUCAGACCAUUCUCCUCCCUCCCUGUGCCACUCACACCCGCUCCACCCCUCACUCAGCAUCUCUCCAGCUUUCACCUGCACCUAGUACUUCAGAAAAUCAAUGAAAGCAAAACAGAGCCUUAUUGGACCAGUGAGAUUCCUAAAUAAUCCCCCCCUCCACCCCUACAGGGACAUUAACUCUGUGAGCAGCUUCAGAUCUCUGUGUUGUUCCUGCGGUGACGCAGUAAAACACGUUCUCUUAGGGAGACCCUUCCCUACUCUCACUCCUUCCUCUUGUAUUGGUGCCAAUUGGUGACAACUUUUUUCCUCCUCCUUUCUUCCUCGUCAUCCUUUUCUUUGUCAUCUGUCACCAUGGCAACAGCAUUGUAUGGUAACUUAUGCUGUAUUCAUGUAAAAUGGGAACAGUUUGUGAUUCUUUAAAGCUUAUAAGGUGCCACCAUUGUUCGUUUUUUGUUUUUAAAAUUUACAAAUGCUGGUGUUUGAAAGAGGAGCUCAACAUUUUUAAAAGGCUUAUUUCCUGUCCUGUAAUCAGUUGGAUGCGAAGAUCGGUAUUUAUGUUUGCAUUAAAAAAUAGUCAGCGGCUAAAUGUAAAUGUUUCUUGGUUGGAAAAACAAAAAUCAAGGUGAUACCAUUUUCCAGUGUUGGUAGCUGCAUGCUGGAUGUGAAUUCAUACAAACAUCACAGCUGGAUAUUCUCAUCUGCCAAGAAAAUACAGAUGUUUUCCCAAAAUGUUCAGCUAUGUUUUUUACUUUUUAAUUUCACAAUUUGCUUAUUGAUGACAUGGUAACAGUGCAUGCAUAUAACGAAAUCUGUCAGCCUCAGUCAAACAGCAUUAUUUUUAAACAUUAACUUUUCCAUUGUGUAAACUAGUACCUUAUUGAUGGAGAUAUCAUCAUAGAACAUAUGAAAGUCAUGGGACAAUGAUAAUAUUAUGGGGUUUUAAUUACUUAAAUCAGAAAAUAAAAUCAAGUGUUUUCUGACUUUUUCUGAAUACCAAAUUGCAGCCAUAUUGUGUUUGCUGUUGGAAAAUCAUGUAUCUUUCUGGACAUGAAUUCAGCAUUGCUUUAGGUGAACAAGAUUCUAAAAAGCCAAGUCAGGAGGUAUCAAAUAAUUCACAGCAUUUUCAAAGGAAGAUGAUGAUUUUGCUCAAGAUUCCAAUGUUUUGUAAAGAUGAAAGUAUUCAGUCAGCUGGGGGUGCACAGUUCUUGUCAAGGAGGAAACCAAAGACUGAUCCACUCUACUUUCAAGCCCAGUGGCUGAAAGCAACAGUUGAGUAGGUGUUUAUGGAAACUGCAAGAGCAUUCUUCAUUCUCUCUGUCUGUUCUCUCUUUUCCUGCUCUGCCCAGCUGGCCUUCAGCAGGAGGGUCCCCCUUAUGGUCCAGGUCCAGGUCCUGGAUUCCUCCUAAAGGGGAGUUUUUCUUGCCACUGUUUGGCUUAAGGUUUUUCUCCCUCUGGGGGUUUUUACCUGCCAUGGUUUAUGUAAUAAUUGAUUGGGGGUUUAUGUUCUGGGUCUCUGGAAAGAUCCUAGAGACAACUUGUCUUAUAAUAGACACUAUAUAAAUAGAAUUGCAUUGAAUUGAAGCGAGCAACAGACAGCACUACAUCCUCACACCUUCUUCUUCCAAACAUCACCUCCAACAAAGUAGUCUUUUGUAAUAUAAAUAGGACAUUGUUAUUAAAUGAUGUACUAUGUGGUUAUCUUUUCUUGCUAGAUGUUAUGUUUUUUUUUCUUUAUAUUCAUCUUUAUUACAGGGGUUGCUCUUUUUUUUAAUAUCUGAAUGUUGGGAGUGAAUGAUGGUUUGGUUGUGUAGAAUGAACUGACGCUUAGAUCUAAAUACACCCAGCUCUCACACGGCCACAUAUUCUUAAUUUCUCCUCUGGUGUAAAUGAUUGAGCAGAAUGAAUGUAGGCAGUCCAUGCUAGUUAGAAUAGUCUCCAUGUAUGAAUGCUCUCCAUUUACGGUAGGUCACUGAAUAAACCUUAGCAAAGCACAUGGCUGUUUGUUCAGAUAUGUGUCAAAGGAAAGAGAGAUCUCUUUUACCCUUUUUUAAGUAUGUUAUAAUCUUGUCACCUCAGUGAUUAGAACCUUUUGCAUUUAUUCACGUAUAGGUCUUUUAUUUAAAGCCUUCUCCAUUAACAAGUAAGAAACCUUAAAUUGGGGGUUGCAUUUUAGUUUUUGGACACCUGACACUUAUCACAGGCUAGUUUUGUAACUUAUACUUUUACCAGAGUGAACACUGAAUCAACCUGUGAGGCUUCCUGUCAUGUAUCUGUAGUCACCUUAAGUAGCUCUGCAAACACAUCCAGGACUUCCUAAAAGUGACAUAUUGUUCCACUGGUGAUGAGUGUUAGAAAAAAAGUGUUUUCCUUUUUUUUGUCCUUUUUUUAUUAUUUGCAUUGUUAUCAUUGCAUCAAACACUGUAUGCUCUAUUGUUGUAGGCUGACAAUUUUCAUUUGUGCCCACAAGAAGUCUCUCUCCCUGAAAUGCUCUGACCUGAUUACAUUUAGAUUUGGUUAUAAAGCCAAGCCGUUUAGUUUUGUUUUGUUUCGAGAGGGGGGCAGUGGUUUGGAUAAAUUAACAUAUUUUCUGCCAGCUUUUACCAGUCCACUUUGAUUUGAGUAUUUCCAAUCAAACCCAGCUUCUCUGUCACUCACAGCUGCUUAAACUGUGUUGCCAAUGAACAUCCAUAGGUUUUGUUUUUUUUUGUUUUUUUUAAACUUCUGCAUGUGGUCAUUCAUUUUCUUUUAUACAAUGGAACAAGUGGCAAAAUGCCUGUGGAAAUUGUGUAAUAUCAAAAUGUGCCAUUUUAUCAACACUAUCCUUUUAAGAUGACUGAAAUUACCUUUUUAUUUUCUGUAGCAUGUAAUGUGUUAAUAUACUAGUAAAUAAAGUCAAACCCAUGAAAACCAAUUUAUUUAAUGUAUUGGAGUUUUCAAUAUAUUUAGAAUAUUUUUAUUUAUUUAUUUUCCAAAAUCACUUACUUACAGAACAAAAUUACAUGCACACAAUAUCAGAGGGGAAGUUAAGCCAUGGGCUUCCCUAUAAGCAGAAUGACAUUCAAGAGACGUGCACAUGUUUUUCUUAAUCACAGUUAGGUCUAGAAGUAUUUGGAAAAUGGCCGGGUUUUAAAUAAAAUGUGGUUAAAGUGUUGAUUUUUAGCUUCAAGGGGGUGCAGAAAAAUAUGGCAUUUAAGGGUAUAUAACACAUGGGGAAAGAAGGCCACAAAUACUUUGUUGUAUUUUUUUUUUGUUUUGUUUUUUUUUUUAAUAAA